AUGCAGGCCUUCGUCCCGAAGACCAGAAGGCCCCGGUUUGAGCUUGUUUUAAGGAUCAUUGACAUCAACAAUGUUCCAUUAGGAAAUGGCACCGCGUGGGUAAAAUGGCGUCUUCCAUCCUCAUCUGGUGCAUCAGAAAGCCAGGGCCACACUGAGAAGGCACCUCUUGCGGAUCACCGUGCAUCUUGGAACUACGAGAAGACCUCUCUUGUGAGGAUCACUAUCGACAGGAAUUCCAUGCUGCAGGAGUGCGAUAUUAACUUCGAAGUCAUUCAAGAGUUUCACUCAUCGCCUACCAAUGACAAGAAUGUACUCGGCAAAAUCAAACUCAACCUUUCGGAAUACGUGGACAAGGUUGACGAUGAUGAAGGUGUGGUUAGAAGAUACCUAAUGUUUGACAGUAAAGUCAACAGCACUGUCAAGAUUGGUAUUGCUAUGCACCAGGUCGAGGGAGAUCGUAAUUUCACAACGCCACCUUUGAAAUCGGCCACAGUAUUUGGAGGCAUUGCAAGGAUAGUGCAUGCCGCAGAGCCCGGAGAUGCAGACGAAUCAGGCCACCUACCAUCGAUCAGCACCAAAACCAACGAAGCGGCAGAUAUGCAGGACAUGUACCGACGAACCCUGGCAGCGUCUUGGAUGUCUCGACCUUGCGACUUGCCAGCUGACAAGCUAAUCGAGGAGCUGUUUGCCGGAAGCUCCUGCUGGAACAACGAUGCCCAUAAUACAGCCGAGCCAGGAGAUAGCCACUCGAGCACCUUUCUCAACGUAGAAGCAGCCGAGCGCCAAACUCGCUCAGGAAAAAGACUCUCCCCUAGCUUCGAACGGCGGCCCAAGAGCUCUAUCAGCAUUCACUCACACAGUAGUGGGAAGACCCCAGACUCUCUUUCUACCCUUGGGACUUCCCAAAAAGGCAGGGAUUUGGAGCACAAUCUCUAUGAUGGGAAAGGCAGAAGCUGGAAAAGCCGGAAUGCCGAGCACGAAUGCUCCGAGUUUGAUGUUCGAGAGGAUCUACGAAGUUGGGAAUUCUCAUCUAAAGAAUAG